AUGCCUUCUGCAAAGAAGACUCGCCAAGUGUUGGCCGAGGCUUCCAAGCCUGUCAAUGAGGAGGAUGCGGCCCUGCAAGAGAUCGAAGACUCUAAGGCACUUCCCGGCUUCGAGAUUGGCGAGGACGUUGUUGAUAAUGCAAGUACGCAUGGCAGUACCGAUGAUGAUGAGGGGGAGGAGGAAUCUUCCGAAACUGACGAUGACGACUACGACUCGGACGACUCGGAUGAUGAGUACACUCGCAACCGUAUUGGUAAAGUGCCCUUGAAAUGGUAUCUCGACAACCACGACCACAUCGGCUAUGAUAUUUCUGGCAAAAAAAUUGCCCGCACUGUGAAGACUUCCGAGAUAGACACUUUACUCAGAGCGGCCGAGGAUCCGGAUGCCUGGCGUACCAUCACUGACAUCAAGAAUGACAGGGAAAUCAAACUCACCGACACCGACCUUAGAAUAAUACAACGCAUACGGAAGGGCUUCUUCCCUACUGGUCGUGGCGACGGUGAUGAGGAUGAGGAAUUCCAGGUCGAGUACGAAGAUCGCAUCGAGGACAAGAUUCAUCCGCUGAGAACCCGUUACCCGUCGAAGAAGUCCUUCAUGCCAGACCAGGACGAGGCUCGGACGGUCAAGAGGUUGAUAAAGCUGAUAAGGGCUGGUAUCAUCAAGCCUAAGGAGGAGAAGCCUGGAAAGGAGGAGGAAGAGGAAGUGUUUGACGCUUGGGCUGACGAGGAAGAGGGAGAUGAGGGUAGAAAGCUGAAGGGCCCAGCGCCAAUACCGGCACCGAAACAGGCCUUGCCUACUCAUGGUGAGAGUUAUAACCCUCCUGAGGAGUACCUCUUUGAUGACGCGGAGAAGGCUGAAUGGGAGGCUGGUGAUGAUAGCAUAAGGAAGCAGAACUACAUGCCGCAGAAGUUCGCAUGUUUACGGCAUGUUCCCUUCUAUCGAGACUUCCUCAAAGAGCGGUUCGAGCGAUGCCUUGACCUCUAUCUUUGCCCUCGAGUAGUGAAAAAGAAGAUGAACGUUGAUCCGUUGUCGUUGUUGCCGCAAUUGCCCUCGCCCUCCGACCUCCGACCUUUCCCGACUACUGUGGGGGUCGAUUUCAAGGGCCACAGUGAAAAGGUCACUGAUAGCAGCUUCAAUGUCACUGGGGAACUGUUGGCGACGUGCGCUGCUGAUGGUUUGAGGCUAUGGGACACACUGAGUGGAUGCUGCCUCUUGCACAGGGGUCCGAAUAAGGCUGUGGUGAAGCAGAAGAAUGACAAUGCAGAGUUGGUUGAGGCUGAGGUCGACGUGUCACCACUGUGUGUGGCGUGGCAUCCUAAAUACUCCGACAUCUUGGCUGUGGGCACUAACAAUGGAACGGUAGAGCUACUGCGGCCGCAGUGUGUGAAGGCAGCGCCGGCGGCAGAGGAGGAGGAAGAGGAAGCUGAAGAUGCUCCCGGUGAUGAGGAGUCCGAGUCAAGACGAUCCAACGCUAGUGUGGAGCUUCUAGCACCGGUCGAGGAUGGGGAUUGGGAGGCAGUCACUGAUGCGCCGGGUUUCGAGGGGCUUCUGAUUAGGGCUGAUGAGCGUGCUGAUAUCACUAAGCUAACGUGGCAUCCCAGGGGAUGGUAUUUAUCACAUGUGGCGCCCAAUGCUGUCCAAGUGAGGUCUCAAUGUGUGAUACAUAACCUGAGGUCCCAGAAGACUAUCCGACCGUUUAGCAAGUCGAAGGGAGGGAAGAUACAGGCAUCGACUUUCCACCCACGAAAACCGCAGUUUUAUAUCUGCACUCAGAAGAAUGUUCGGUUAUGUGACUUGAAAGCUCAGUCACUGGUGCGCACCUAUGUCUCGGGGGCGCAGCAUAUCAUGGCUAUUUCGGUCUUCCCUGGUACUGGUGAGCACUUGACCAUAGUUAGUCAGGACCGAAGGCUGUGUUGGUUCGAUAACGAGCUUGGCAACAAGCCUUGGAAGACCUGGCGGUACCACAAGCGAGUGGUACGGGAUGUUGAGUUUCAUCCUUUGGCCGCUGGGAGGCUCCCUCUGAUGGCGACUUGUUCUGAUGAUGGCAGUGCUCAUAUAUUCCACGCGAAGGUGUACAAUGAUGCUAUGUCGAAUCCGCUGGUAGUGCCAGUGAAGAAGCUACGCCCUAAGGAUGGUGGCAGAAUCCUAUCUUGUUCGUGGCACCCUCAUCAACCUUGGGUCCUCCUCACGAUGGGAGAUGGCCGUGUUCAGCUGUGGGUUUGAGCUGAAGUGGUUUACUGUGGCUCUCACUAAAAUGUACUUUAAGAACUGUCCAAACGUUUCUCUACCAACAUUACACGUUAUUAUU